UAGGCGCGUUUGUUGAUUUCGAUUCGAUUUUAAGAGAACGAUGCCACCGACUCCGAGUGGAAAAGCAGUAAAAAAAGCCGGAAAGGCUCAAAAAGCUGUUCGUGCCGGCGACAAGAAGAAAAAAAGAAAGAGAAGGAAAGAAAGUUUCAGUAUUUAUAUCUACAAAGUGUUAAAACAAGUUCAUCCCGAUACAGGCGUUUCGAGUAAAGCUAUGUCAAUCAUGAACAGUUUUGUUAAUGAUAUUUUCGAACGAAUCGCUGCAGAAUCAUCACGUUUGGCUCAUUACAACAAAAGAUCCACUAUCACAAGUCGAGAAAUCCAAACGGCUGUGCGCCUUCUUCUACCAGGGGAACUGGCCAAACACGCUGUAUCCGAAGGGACUAAAGCAGUUACUAAGUAUACCAGUUCCAAAUAAUCGAUUCGGAUUUAAAGUCUUUACUCAGACAAAAGUUUGUUGACGUUAGUUUGUUUUGGAUUCUUGGAUUCAAAAACUUGUGUGUGGACAAAAUGAACUGUUGAGUGUAAAGGCUUUUUAUUUAUUUAUUUAUUUUUAGUUGUCUUAACUUUUUAACUAAAAAACGACGAUUUGUAAGUAGUCAGAGAAAUGUUACAUUAAAUUUGCAUGAUAAAAUUUUCAUGGUAAUUUUGCAGUUGUAAUGUUUAGUGUUUCUAUAGUGUUUGUCGUUAGCACAGUAUCAAAUUCUCAAUUCUUUCCUUAUUUUCUUUUUAAGCAAAAGUGCAUCGUCAAAUGAGAACAAAAAUACUCUUUGUACUCAAUUUUGUUGUAAUAUGAA